AGUCUGCUCUGCAGUUUGUUGUGGACAGAAGUCCUCAUGGUCACUGAAGUAUAGUUCACCACAGCUGCUCCACAACACGCUAAGCUGAAAUGGAUAUGGAAGAGAAACCGAAAUACGGAGAGCCGAGGAAAUUCGACCCCAGCUUCAAAGGGCCCAUCCAAAACAGAGGAUGUACAGACAUUGUUUGCUGCAUCAUUUUCAUCAUAGCCAUCGUGGGCUACCUAGCUGUGGGAAUACUGGCCUGGACUCACGGUGACCCGAGGAAGGUGAUUUACCCCACAGACAGCAUGGGACAGUUCUGUGGCCAGGGGAAACUGGAGAAGCAGCCGUUCUUGUUCUACUUUAACAUGAUGAAGUGCGCCAGUCCCAUGGUCCUCCUAGAGUUCCAGUGUCCCACCCCUCAGGUGUGUGUACAGACGUGUCCUAAUCGUACUAUGACUCUGAUAACUGCCAUCUCAAAACCACAAGACUGGGAGUAUUACAAAUCUUACUGCAAAGAAGACCCAGGCCAUAAGGCUGCUGCGCAAAUUUUGAAAGAGAAGCUCUGUCCAGCAUAUCUGGUUUCCAGCAAUCCAUUUUUACAGCGGUGUUUUCCCUCUAUGGGCAAAAAGGGUGAAGUCAUUACUGUGGGUGAUCAGGAGAAAUUUAGUGAUGGAGUGAAUGAAUUGGAUGCUAAAGACCUGAUGGCUGGAAUGAAGAACGCCUCGAUAGUCAUGGAGGGUCGUCAGGUUGCAAUGAAGAUCUUUGAGGAUUACACAAAGUCUUGGUACUGGAUCUUAAUUUGUCUGUUGAUUGCGGUUGUGUUGAGUUUGAUCUUCAUUGUUCUUCUACGAUUUCUGGCUGGAGUCAUGGUCUGGGUCAUGAUCCUCAUGGUCGUAGCUGUCAUAGCCUAUGGUAUCGCUCACUGCAGUAUAAAGUAUGUUAGUCUGAAAGACACUCCUGGCUCCAACAUCACCCUGCAGCAGCUCGGCUUCCAGCCUGAUUUCGCCGUCUACCUGCACAUCAGACAGACCUGGCUGGCCUUCAUAAUCAUCCUGGCUAUUUUGGAGCUCAUCAUCAUCCUCCUGCUCAUCUUCCUCAGGAACAGAAUCCGCGUCGCUGUUGAGCUCAUGAAGGAAGCCAGCAGGGCCAUUGGUUAUGUAAUGUCAUCGCUGGUUUUUCCUAUUUUCACCUUCUUCCUCCUGGCCAUUGUCAUCGCAUUCUGGGGCGUUAAUGCAGUUUUCCUUUCUACAUCUAGUGAACCGGUUUAUAAGGUUUUCAAUGAAACUGAAUGUGUCCAUUCAAGAGAAACCUGCAACCCAGAGAACUUCACAUCCUCUUCCAUGAAGUCUGACUGUCCGCACUCGCAGUGUCUGUUUGCUUUCUACGGCGGAGAGACGCCUUAUCACAAAUACCUGAUCCUGCUUCAGUUCUACAACGUCUUCCUGUUUUUCUGGUGUGCCAACUUCGUCACAGCUCUGGGUCAGAUGACUCUGGCAGGAGCGUUUGCAUCGUACUACUGGGCUUUUGAUAAAUCCAAAGACAUGCCAGCCUUUCCGUUGUGUGCCUCUCUGGGCAGAUCCCUCAGGUAUCACACAGGCUCUCUGGCCUUUGGCUCUCUCCUGCUCGCCAUUGUGCAGGUUAUCAGGGUCCUGCUGGAGUAUAUUGAUCACAAACUCAAGGGAGCAGAGAAUAAGUUUGCCAAGUUCUUGCUGUGCUGUUUGAAAUGCUGCUUCUGGUGUCUGGAGAAGUUCAUCAAGUUCAUCAACAGAAACGCCUACAUUAUGGUUGCUAUAUAUGGCAAAAACUUCUGCCGCUCUGCGCGUGAUGCGUUCUUCCUCUUGAUGAGAAAUGUAGUCAGGGUGGUAGUCCUGGAUAAGGUCACCGAUUUCAUCUUGUUUCUUGGUAAACUCCUCAUCGUUGGUCUUGUGGGGAUCUUCGCUUUCUUCUUCUUCUCAGGACAAACGGAUGCAUUUAAGGGCACUGCACCCAGUCUCCAUUACUACUGGGUUCCUAUUUUG